AUGCUACAACACAAAGCCUAUCCAAACUAUUCAUUAGCAAGCUCCAUCCAUUCAGAAAAAACAUUGUCAGAAGAAAGACUGGCACCUAAAAUUUUACUACUCGUUGAAUUCACUGGGCUUCCGAUGGUGACAUGCAAGACAAAUGUUGCCCCAGGUCUCGUGGUGGUACCAUCAAUAGUGCAAUGUAUUUGUAUGGUGGAUUCUAGUGCACAAUCACAGAUCAUUGCGAUGUGUUGCAUAUAUACACCUCUUAUCAAUUCAUUCAAUAUGGUACUGUUAUUCAUGUAUCGGCAAAAGGAUUUUCGGAAUGCUGCAAUUCAUGGUUUAAAAUGG